GUGUUGUUUUUUUUUUUGUUGGUUGGUAGAUCCACGCAUUUGUUUUUAUGUAUUUUAUGCCCAUUAUUUACAACUUGUAUCAUACAUAGGAUUAAUUUUUAAAAACUUUUUAGGUUUUUGCUAAUGCUUUCCAAACGGAAACUGUGACCUUCCCUGAAGAUUUUUGGACGUGCUCUGAGGAGAUACUUGUAUUAAACCCUGUGAGACGUGAGGUCAGCAAUGGAUCACAGGAAAGUGCUGGGUCUUUCACCUUUGCAGGACAAAUUGGGGAGUCCUAAGUUGAAAGGGAGUUUCAGGAUUCCCAAAAGGAAGUCAUCCUCUGACUCUCCGAGCGUGGUGAUGCAGUCUCCUCUUUCUCAGACCUCAGGUUCAGGUUACAAAAAGCUACACUGGAGUCAGAUUUCUAACAGUGGCAGAAGAUCUCAAGCCUUGAUUUCUCUCAACCGGCACAACAGCCCAAAUGCAGCAGACAGGGAGAUGCGAGUAUGGUCUGGGUCAUGCACCAUAAAACUCAAAUCCCAGCCCUCUGAACAGUGCUUGGAUUGCUUUGGGGUCGAAGAGUACAAUCACACUCAAAGCAAGGAUGCCAGACUUGUCUUAACGGAUGUCUUGAGGACUGAAUUAGGACGGGAUUAUUUAAACCGGGAGAAGGGCAAUAAGGAGUCAGACUCUCGAGCAAGCCCUACUGCCUCGCGUGAGAUUUCGGAACAGAACUCCCUGGCUCUCACACCACAUCGGCUAAAUUGCCAUCUCAGAAGUGGGUGGCCCAAGAGAACAUCUGAUUCUUCGUUGCUGCAGCCGAGUGAGAACUUGACAAAGACCCGUCUUUCUGUGCCCUUGAGGGGAACCGAAGUGGAAUCAAAAGAUUCGCUACCAAGUUGCAGAGUGGCUCGGAGAUUGAUUGAGAAUAAUAAUAGAAUAAAGAAUGAGGCACAGGAUCCAGCAGACGCAAAAAAGUCCCUCUCGGAGAGCAACAGGAAGAGAAAGACAGGUGUGGAAACGGAGGAGCCCCAGGGGGAGAAUAGAAAUGAUUCUCUAGUACCUUGUGGUGGCAAUGAGACCGCAGACAGUAUUGAGAACUGCCAGACCCCAGGCAGGAGAGCUGUUCUGGAACAGACAUGUCAAGUUUCUAGCUCUGCAAAGAAGCUCUGUCUGCGAAGGUCAGGCAAUAGUGUGACUCCUGAAAGCCCAACAGGGCAGAAGACAGAUCCCGUACAGAGUAACAGCACAGAGACCAGUACCCAGGCUGGAGAGAAGCCCCCCUGCAGUGACCAGCCUGAGCAGAGGACUGAGGAAAGGGAAAUGAGUGUGAGAACACGUCACUCUGCCUCCAGAUCAAAGUCCCCGCCUGCUCCCAGCGAGCCAAUCGUUCUCUCCAGUGAUGAAGAAGAGGGGAACAGCUGCACCCCUGAGUCCACCACCUCUCUGACCCCAGCUACUAAGCAGCUUCGGACAAGUAACAGUGAGAUGGAGGAGAAGGAAAGGCAAAAAGACGUCAGAGAGUUGGAGUACCAGAAAUUGGAUGAAGAAAUUUCCCUGGGUGAGAAGUCUGCAGAGUCGGAUGAAAAGGAGAGGGGUCUCUAUGUGGAACUGAAGUUUUCUGAAUUUCACUUUGGGAAAAUAAAAGGAGAGCCCCAUGGCUGUCUUCAAGUUACAGGAGAAAGUAUCAUAAUACCACUGAAAGACCCAGACAAUCGAGGUGAGACCCUCUCUCUGACAGUGGUGCAGUCCGAACUGAGGAGGUACGGUGUGUGGCAGCGCAGCCCCGUGGGCGAUGGCAGUGAGGCCUGCACGCUCAUCUUUCUGUGGGUUUCCGAGGCUCAAGCACAACUUAUCCAGAAGGAGUUAUCUCCAGUUUAUCCUGUCGAACAGGCAGCUAAAGCCAGCGAGUUUGUGCUGCUGAAGCUGUGUGCAAAGGAAGAUGAACAGCAUUGCAAGCGUCUGGGCAAGCUGAUGGGCUGGAGAGACGGGAGCUCGGAGCUGCUGGACCCCCUGUCUCAGUCUGAGGGCCUGUCUCUGCUCAGAAGGUUUGAAAGGAACAGCCCACUCUUGUCUGUCCUGAAACAGUGCGAGGCACAGAGAGCAGAACCAGAGGACCAUCGUCCACAGAGCGGUCACACCCGCCAUUCCCCAGCCUCUCCACAGGAGGGUGCCAGUCUGCCCAAGCCCUGCUAUACCCUUUGUCACAACAGGGUAAAUGACUCCUAUUCAGUGUCUGUAGCUGCAAAGCCAGACAAGUGCUGGAGCCAACACAGUUACAGAGGACCACCUACAAGGUUAAUUCUUUACCCUCCACCCCCAUCCAAAGGAGGGAUUGCUGUCACCUCUGAGGAUCUAGAAUGCCUGGACAACGGAGAGUUUCUGAAUGACGUCAUAAUCGACUUUUAUCUCAAAUAUUUAAUGCUUGAGAAGGCACCAAAAGAGGUGACAGGGCGUGCACACGUCUUUAGCAGUUUCUUCUACAAGCAGCUCACCCGGAAAGACACCCCCAAUGAAGAGAUGGCCAACAUUUCGGCUCAGCACCGGAGACACCACAGAGUUAAGACUUGGACUCGGCAUAUUGACAUCUUCACCAAAGAUUUUUUGUUUGUGCCCGUCAAUCAAAAGGCUCACUGGUACCUGGCUGUGAUCUGCUUCCCUUGGCUAGAGGAGCUGCGACACGAGGGAUGGAAAGGUCAGGCAGCCCACACGACUGGAGUGAACAGAACCUGCCGGGCCCGGACUGGGCCACAUGCAUCUGGGUCUCACAGGAUAAACGGCUUCUCAAACACAGCCUCCGUGGAGGGCAGCAAAGACUGUGAAGAGGAAAAAGGUAAAACAGAAAUUUACAAAAGGGGAUUGUCAGCUUCAUGUUUGCAAAAUCUUCACCGUCUUCCGGAGUGUACGCAAAAGACCUGUCAAAGAGAUAAAGUGUGUAGGAGACCUUGCAUUCUUAUUAUGGAUUCUCUGAAGCUGUCGUCACACGAUCGCACGGUGAAACUCUUGCAAGAGUACCUGCAGGUAGAGUGGGAGGUGAGGAGAGGCACGCCCAGGGAGUUCACCUCGCAGGUGGAGGGCUGCCACUGCAGCGUUCCCUUGCAGAACAACAGCAGCGACUGCGGCAUUUACCUGCUUCAGUACGUGGAGAGCUUCCUCCAGGAUCCUGUAGUCCACUUUGAUUUCCCUCUACUGCUGGAGCAGUGGUUUCCUCGCCAGGAGGUGAACAGGAAGCGGGAUGAGAUUAGAGACUUGGUACUGCAGCUGUACAGCCAGCAGAAGAACGGCAGCCAGUGACCUCUGCAGCAGACGCUCACACAGACAGAGCACAGGGCUACAAGGAAGCUACUGUGCAAAUACAACCCAGUGCAAAACAGGAAAAUACUGUGGCCUCCAAUAAGCUUAAAGUGGAACCAAAAUCAAACCUAAAUGAUCCCAAACUGCAGUUCAGAAUGCUUUAACUUAUUGUGUUAAUAUUGUACAUAUCAAACCAUUUUUCUCACUGGAUUUUCCUUUUAAACUCUUUUUUUUCUCAGCUAAAAUGAUUGUCUUCAUUUUGUUUUAAUGUUUUUGUUACAUUUUAAGUUAAAAGGCGCUGUAGUCGUUUAAAAUACGUCCUACAUUUAAAUAAAAAUGUAGCUAAAAUCCCAGUGGGUUCUUUGAAAUGUGAAAGUUCUCAUUCACUGGCUCAUAAUAUACUGGGUGGAAUUUGUACAAUGGGAGCUAUAUGAUGUGUGAAUAUGGAGUGUUUUUCUCAUUGGUAUUAUAAUUAUUUUUCCUAAGGUAGGUUCCCUAGUGCUUCUAUGACAAUUCCCAGAAAUACUGGUAUAAUUAGAAACUGAUCUGAACAAAAGGAAGCUACCUAGUGAUAAAUGAUAAGUGCCUAGGUAUCCAGUCAUGUAAAUAUACAGUAAGUUGACAGAGAAAUGAAGUGCUGGUGCUGACUGAAUUGACAUAACCACUUAUUUGCGUUGAAUGUUAAGACGUACCAACCACUAUUUCCAUUGCCUGAGUAUGUUUUAGAUUCACUGUUAUAAGAGAUCCUACCUGCUGUCAAUAAAAUGGAUGGUAGGUUUCUAUCAAUGAAGUUCAUUUUUUAAAUGUCCAUAAAAAAAUAGAAAAGCUUUUGAACUAAGCACUUCUGAAAAUUCAGUAGGUCAGGAUUUUAAAGUUGAGUUGAGAGGAUCUUACUGUACAAUGACCAGGGGUUAACAGUCCCUUUUAACAAUUUGCCUGUGACUUUAUAGAGUACAGUAUAUGCUCUGUAUAUUAAUGCACAAAAAUAGUUUUAACAUUAAUUUUAAAUGAGUACAUAAAAAAAUCAUUGGCACAAAGAUUUCAUCUGUGAAGUUCUUUGUGCUAAAGAACAUCUCCCCAUAUCAUCGAACUUCCAGCACCCCAUCGGUUGGCUUGAUCAACACAACACUCAACGUAACACUGCCCAGCGCAUCUCUUCACAUCUGCCAGGGGCACAGCAUUCACCAGUGACCGGAACCACAAGAGUGUCAGCCACUUCAGGCACUGGGACUCUUGGGGAAGGGACUCAAACUGGAGCUACUGAGGCAAACUGUAGUGUUUUCUCUAGGAUAAUACGUAUUGUUUUAUAGUUUAAAUUUUACAUUCACUGCAUGUAAUGCCUAGAAGCAUACCUUUUGGUGUUCUGGGAAGUAAAACAAAGUGAAAUAAAUACCAGUCCAAACGUGGAAAGACGUUCAGCCCUGUAGAGUUUACGUUGGUACGGAAUUUGAUGCACAACUUGGGGAUUCGGAUAUUCUGUGAAAUUGCUUAGGCAUCGCUUGCUAACCGGACACAAAAAGCACAAUCCUCAGAUUGCAUCCGUCUGCCAGUUUGAAUUCCACCUCCUUCUGAGGCUGGCAGCUUCUUUGGAUGGAUUAAU